UACAGCCAUCUGCAGCUCAGCAGACAGGCUGGGACUCAUCAGGCUCUGGCCAGCUACACGGAGGCUCUGCAGAAGCAAGUCUGGGCCCCUCAGUCCCUGGGCCAUGAACAGCAAUUGGCAAAUGUAGUUUGCUAACACCAGGGAAAGCCGGGCCGGUGUUGGAUUGCACCCUAUCCGUCCCGUCCUCUCAGCGUCCAGGCAUGGCAGAGCUGUGCCGCAUGGACUCCACGCUGACUGCCCUGGAUGAGGAGACGCUCUGGGACCUGCUGGAGGGUCACCGCUGCAAGAUCGUGCAGAGCAUCUGCCCCAGCCGCCUCACCCCCUACCUGCGUCAGGCCAAGGUGCUGGGCCAGCUGGAUGAGGAGGAGGUCCUCCACAGCCCCCGCUUCACCAACAGUGCCAUGAGAGUCGGACACUUGCUGGAUCUGCUGAAGGCCAGAGGGAAGAACGGUGCCGUCGCCUUUCUGGAAAGCCUGAAGUUCCACAACCCUGAUGUCUACACUCUGGUCACUGGGCUGCAGCCUGAUAUUGACUUUGGCACCUUCAGCGGUCUCAUGGAAACGUCCAAGCUGACUGAGUGUCUGGCUGGGGCCAUCAGCAGCCUGCAGGAGGAGCUGGCCCAGGAGAAGGCGCAGAAGGAGGCGCUGCUUCGGAGAUACCAGCAGCUGAAGGAGCGCCUGGGCGCCGCUGAGGCCCGGGCAGAGGGUCUGCGUCAGCUAGAGGCCGACCACAGCCGCAUGAAGCGAGAGGUGAGCGUGCACUUCCACGAGGUCCUGAAGCUGAAGGAUGAGAUGCUGACGCUGUCCCUGCACUACAGCAACGCGCUUCGAGAGAAGGAGCUGGCCGCAACGCGCUGCCACAGCCUGCAGGAGGAGCUCUACCUGGUGAAGCAGGAGCUACAGCGGGCAAGCCUCGUGUCCUCGUGUGAACGGGAAUCUCGAGAGAGAUCCCUGAAGAUGGUCAGCGACCUGGAGUCUGAGGGAGCGGAACUGAACCGCCUUAAGGAGGAAAAUGAAAAGCUGCGCUCCAUGACCUUCAGCCUGGUGGAGAAGGACAUUCUGGAGCAGAGCCUGGAUGAGGCCCGGGAGAGCAAGCAAGACCUGGUGGACCGCAUCCACUCGCUGCGGGAGCGAGCGGUGGCCGCAGAGAGGCAGCAGAAGCAGUACUGGGAGGAGAAAGAACAGACCCUGCUCCAGUUCCGGAAGACCCAGGUGGACUGCGAGCUGUACAGAGAAAAGAUGACCACGCUACAGGGCCAGGUGGCUGAGCUGCAGAAGGAACGUGACCAGGCAUACGCAGCCAGGGACAGGGCCCAGAUGGAGAUUUCUCAGCGCCUGGUGGAGAAGGAUGCCCUGCGCAGGACGGUGUUCGAGCUGACGGAGCAGCUCUGCGAGCUGAGGACUCAGCUGCGCAAGCUGCAGGCAGAGCCCCCGGGAGGGCCCAAGCAGGAAGCGGGAGCCAGGGAACUCUGCCUUCGGGGGAAGCAGAGGCUUGUGCGGAUGCAUGCCGUGUGUCCACCGCCGCCCGAUGACAGCGACCGCAGCCUCCUCAGCUCCACCGAGUCCCGGCUGUGGUGGGACCUGAAUUCCAGCUCCAGCCGAGAGCAGAUGGACAGCUUCCGCUCCAGCAGCCCUAUGCCUCCCAGCCAGCAGUCACUGCACAAGCGGGUGGCGGAGGACUUCCUGGCAGAUCCGGAGUCUCUAAGCUUCUCGGAGGCCCCGGAGGCGAGGCUUGAAGGGACUGUGGGGGACGACACGGACACAGACCUGGAGUAUGAGAUGCUGGACGGAGCAGACCUCUGCCAGCCGGAGGACAGCCCGCAGGAGUCUUCGCAGAGCCUGACUAUCUCAGAAAGCAGCAUCCCUGUGAGGCGGAGGCCAGCCCGCAAGAUCCUAAGCCAGGUCACAGUGCUGGCAUUCCAAGGGGACCCACUGCUAGAGCAGAUCAGCGUCAUCGGCGGGAACCUCACCGGUAUCUUCAUUCACCGGGUCACCCCCGGCUCCGCGGCAGAUGAGAUGGCCUUACGUCCUGGCACUCAGAUCAUGAUGGUGGACUACAAGCCGACUGAGCCGUCAUUAAGGGCCACGCUGGAGAAUGCCACGCUGGAGCAGGCUGUGGGCCUUCUCAAGAGGGUGAAUGGUUCCUGCUACCUGUCUGUGAAGAUCAACACUGAGGGUUAUAAGAACCUAAUCCAGGACCUCGAAGCCAAAGUGGUGACCUCUGGAGACUCAUUCUACAUCCGGGCCAACCUGGCCAUGCAGAGGAAGGGUGAGGGAGAGCUGAAUGUGCACUGCAAUGAUAUCCUGCACGUCACCGACACCAUGUUCCGAGGCCGAGGCUGCUGGCACGCCCAUCGCGUGAACCCCUACACCAUGAAAGACAUGGAGUCCGGCACCGUCCCCAACUAUUCACAGGCGCAGCGGCAGCUCCUGGCCCUCAUCCAGGACAUGACUCAACGGUGCACAGUUCCCCGAAAGGUCGGGAACCUUGUUCUCUUGGGACACAGAGCACCUUUCACUUUGAGCACCCAUCUGUCCCUGAGCAAGCCUUCUGGAGGAACACAGAAGUUAGUACGAAUUGUCAGUGUGGACAAAGCCAGUGUCAGCCCUCUGUCUUCAUCCUUUGACCACGGCCAGCUGGACUCUGGCAAGGAGGAAGGCAGCUCCAGCGUGUGCUUCUGGGCAGAGAGCUGCUUUACCCUGGCGCCAUACACUCUGGUGCACCCCCACAGGCCUGCCCGGCCCCGGCCUGUGCUCUUCGUGCCCAGAGUGGUUGGGAAGAUCCUGGGCAAAAAGCUGUGUGCCCUCCAAGGUUUUAAGCGGUGUCCGGCAGAGUACCUGAGCCGGGAGGAGUACAUCAUGUGGAGCCAGAGAGGGGCCAUCAUCCAGGAGGAAGAGUCAGCAGGUGACCACUGGCUCACCCGGCACGCCGUGGAAUCCCUCAUGAACACGAGCACCCAUGCCCUGCUGGAUGUCCGGCUGGACAGCGUCCGAGUCCUGCACAGAAUGGACAUUUUCCCCAUCAUCAUCCAUGUCUCUGUCAAUGAGAAGACGGCCAAGAAACUCAGGAAGGGUCUGCAGCGGCUGGGCAGCUCGGAGGAGCAGUUCCUGGAGGCGGCCCGGCAGGAGGAGGGGGAACUGGACAGGGUGCCCUGUCUGUACAGCAGCCUGGCCCCCGACAGCUGGAGUGACCUGGACGGCCUGCUCAGCUCUGUGCGCCUGGCCAUUGCUGACGAGCAGAAGAAGGUGGUGUGGACAGAGCACAGCUCCCGCUGAAACCCAGACCUGCUUCGGGACUGUGGGGACCUCCACGUGCCUGUUAACACUGCCAGCAAACCACCCCACUUCCUUCGGGUGAGGGCCUCCCUCAGGUGCUCACGGCAAUCAAGGUGUAAAUGAUGGAGCCACCUUAUCGCACCAUGACCUGCGCUUAUGGAGGACACGGGGACAUUCUGCUACACUGCUGCCCUUCCUGAGACCUGCUUGGGGCCAGGGCCCCAACCUCCUGUGGUAACAGAAUAGCUUCCUGGGGACUGUCCUCUCUUUCUACACUUCUGAUGUCAAAGGAACCUUGAAAGCUCACUGGAACAGUCCUCCUGGCCCAGGGCAGGGGCACAGCCUCUGGUGAGCCAUGGGCGUGGCUGACUCUCCUCAGCUGCCACAGACACUGCCCAGGAAGUUGCUCUUCGAGGACAGUGGCUCUUCGACUCACGGCCUCUGUGUCCAGCCCCAAAGGCCAGGUUGCUUUGGUAGGUGUCCUGGACAGAGCCAAAGGACCCUCCCUGAGUGAGGAACUGACUGUCAAGCUGACAUGACCCCAGGUCCUUCUUGGGGGUCAUUACACCCCACAUGGGUAAAGCCACCACCUAGCCAUAAGCUGAGUCAUUUUGACAAGUCUUUGAGUCUCAGGGCCUAAGAUCCAGUGUGCUACUAUGAAGGUCUGUGAACUAUUA